AUGCCACCUCCAAAUCUUAGCGAGAAACUCGCCAGUAUACGCGGAGUCAGGCUAGCCAACUCCUCGUCCACUUGGGAUAUCAGUUUCGACUACCCCCCAGACUCGCCGCAUGGCAUCAUCAAAUCCAUCACCCCGCACGACACACACUCUUCUUCGCAACGCACCUCACAGCCUGCGCUAGCUCUACCCUCUUUAACACACCCACACAUCCAUCUGGACAAAGCUUUCAUCCACAACGAACCCAGAAAUGCACAUCGACUACCAUUAACAGGCUCGUUCCAGGAAGCCUUAUCGCUCACCGCAGCAGCCAAGCAGGACUUUACUCUCCCGGACCUCCUCAGACGAGGGGAAUGGCUGCUCGCCGAGUCGGUCUCCGCAGGCGUGACGGCCAUGCGAGCCUUCGUCGAAGUAGAUCAUACCGUGGGAUUGAAGUGUGUGGAAGCAGCCGUGACGCUGAAGAAACAAUGGCACAACGCCUGCGAAAUGCAAAUUGUCUGCUUCGCGCAAGAUCCGAUCUUCUCGACCGACUACGGAGACGAGAAUACCCGUCUAAUGGAACAGGCCCUCGAGAAAUACCCCCAAAUCGACGUGAUCGGGACAACACCCUAUGUCGAAACAAGUCUCGAGGCCGCGAAGAAGAACAUCGACUGGGCAGUCGACCGGGCCCUCCAGCUCGACAAACACCUCGACUUCCACCUAGAUUACCAUCUCGACACCGAAAAAGAAGCCUUGAUGUGGUAUGUCUUGAACACCCUCAUCCAACGCGGCUGGAACACCCACUCGACCCGCAACCAAGUAAUGCUGGGCCACUGCACCCGCAUGACCCUCUUCACUUCCUCCGAAUGGCAAAAAUUAGCCCAACUCAUCCACACCCACGACGUUCCCGUUAGUUUCGUCGGCCUACCCACCAGCGAUCUAUACAUGGCCUCACCCCCACACCAACCCGACACCCAACACCUCGCACGCGGCACCCUGCAAAUCCCCGAACUCAUCCGCCGAUACGGCCUCGACGGCGUGCUGGGCAUGAACAAUCUCGGCAACGCCUUCACGCCGUGGGGCAGCGCCGAUCCGCUCCAGCUGGCGUGUCUGGGCGUGGGUGUCUACCAGGCCGGGACUCGGACCGACACCGAACUGUUGUACGAGUGUGUGUCGACGCGGGCCCGUGCCGCGAUUGGGCUGGCGGAGCUGGAACAGAGCCUCAUGCUCUGGGAGGGUCAAGAGGCGAAUUUGGUCCUUUUUUGUGAUCGUGAUGAGACGGGGUGUGGUGUUUCGCGUCCGCGGGGGAGUGUUGCGGAGACGGUGUGGGAUCCGCCGGGUAGGUUGGCUCGGGAUGUCGUGUUUUGUGGCCGGCUGGGGAUUUCGGGGUUGGCUGGGCCGCGGGAUGCGAUGUAUCGGUUUUUGCCCUAG